AGAGCGGGAACUAUCAUGGUGUAGGGAAUCUGAAGAGCGUGCACUGCGUUCGUCAAACCAGUUUCUUUUUACAUGGUACUGGUUACCAGUUCAACAAUGAAUUUUGGAUGCCAGUAAUCAAAGUAAAGUAACUGGAACAAUUUGUAAUGCAUUAGCAUUAGCUUUUGUGGGCAAGUUAGUAACGCUUAUAACAGAUCUGUCUGUGAAGUAAGGACAGAAGAACAUGGCUGCUUCCUCAGUGGAGUACACCAUCGGAGGAGUGAGGAUCCUCUUCCCCUGCAAGGCUUACCCAUCCCAGCUGGCUAUGAUGAAUUCAAUUGUACGAGGUCUGAACUAUGGGCAGCACUGUUUGCUGGAGAGCCCCACUGGAAGUGGAAAGAGCUUGUCCUUGCUCUGCUCUACUCUGGGGUGGCAGCAGGCUCAGUUUGCGAAAUUACAAGGAGGAGGAAGCACCGGCGAGGACAAGAGCCGGUUGGAUAAAAAUGGUGGAGACUGUCAGAAGUCAAAUUUCACUAUCCCCUGUCAGUGUGUGUGCCACAGCGAAGCCAGCAGGACCGUAGCUACAACAGCAGCCAAACCAGGUGUUGUGGACCUAACUGUGUCACCCUGCAAAGAGAUGGCAGCACCUGAAAAAAUUUCAGUGCAAUUACCAGAGGAGUCGUCACAGCUCAAGAAACAGUUUACAGCCUCUUGUCUGUCUGAGAAAUUCCAGUCUUCCCUGAGCUCUGACGGUGAGAAGGAAAAGGACUUCCAGCCAGACAGGAAACGCAUUCGCACUGCUGAACACAAGAACCGUAAAAGGCAGCGUCUGGAGCAGGGAGUGAUCUUCAUAGAUGAUGAGCUGGAGCCAGAAAAUGAGCCUUCAUGUCCUCAGAGUUUGAACUCCAACCCAACUCACAGCCAAGCAUCUGGUUUGUCGUCAUGCUGUUCCCGUGAACCUUGCUCUAGGUGCCUGUGUGCUGCAACCAAAGGUGCUGUAAAGGACAAAGACAAAGAUGGCAAAAAGAAGAUUCCUAAGAUCUUCUUUGGCACUCGCACUCACAAACAGAUAACGCAGAUCGCCCACGAGCUGAAGCGCACCGCUUACUCCUGUGUGCCCAUGACCAUUUUAUCCAGUAGAGCUCACAGCUGUAUCAACCCAGAUGUGGCGCCUCACUCCAUCCGCAAUGAACGCUGCAAGGAUCUGUUGGAGGCCAAAGAUGGCAAGUCAUGCGGCUACUACCAUGGAGUCCAGAGGAUGCGGGACCAGGGCACGCUACAGCGGGUCCAUGGACUCCGUGAAGCCUGGGACAUCGAAGACCUUGUUGCACUGGGCAAACGGCUUCGUUCAUGCGCAUACUAUGCUGCCCGUGAACUUAUACAGGAAGCCUCCAUCAUCUUUUGCCCAUAUAACUACCUGCUGGACCCAAUGAUCAGAGAGAGUAUGGAGAUUGACCUGGCAGGCCAGAUUGUGGUGCUGGACGAGGCCCACAACAUCGAGGACUGUGCUAGGGAGAGUACUAGCUUUACUUUAGAGGUUAACGAUCUGCUGAUGUCCAGGGAUGAGCUAGAUGGCAUGGUCAAAAACAACAUCAGACGCUCCAAACAUGAGCCACUCAGGGACUUCUGCUAUAGCCUGAUCAACUGGAUCCAGGAGAGCCAAAUCCUGAUGUCUGAGCGGGGAUAUGAGAGUGCUUGUAAAGUCUGGAAUGGGAUGGAUAUAUUGGACAUCUUUCACAACCUGGGCAUCACUGCUGGCACCUUUAAAAUUCUGAAGCAAAACCUGGCAGCAGUGUUGGAGAAAGAGGAGCAUGUUGGUGUUAUCAAUGGUAAAGAGGAUGUCGUUGAGGUACCAACCAUCAGCUCAGCUUCCUCUACUGUCCUCAAAAACCUCUUCAUGGUGCUGGGCUUCAUCCUUUCCUCUGAAGACACCUGCAGGUUUGCUGAAGACUACCGCAUUGCUCUCCAGAAGAGUUAUGCUUGGAUGAACCAGGCACCACCAGAUGUCCCUGAUGCCCAGGGCUUUAUCGUUAGGUCACACCGUAGACAGCGCCAAAGCAUCAGAGUCAAGACAGAAGUACUGAGACUCAGCUUCUGGUGCCUCAACCCUGCUGUGGCUUUCUCUGACAUGAGUAGGUCGGUGCACAGCAUUGUGCUGACAUCAGGAACCCUGUCACCCAUGGGCUCCUUCUCCUCUGAACUUGGGGUGAAAUUCUCUAUCCAGCUGGAGGCCAAUCAUGUUAUCAACAAAUCCCAGGUUUGGGUGGGCACAGUUGGUGCAGGACCACAUGGCAGAAAACUCUGUGCCACCUUCCAACAUACUGAAACAUAUGCCUUCCAGGAUGAGGUGGGUGCACUGCUGCUCCAUGUCUGCCAGGUCAUGGCCAAGGGUGUGCUCUGCUUUUUGCCUUCAUACAAGAUGCUGGACAAGCUGCGCGACCGAUGGAUCAACACUGGUCUCUGGGAGAAGCUGGAACAUCAGAAAACUGUGAUCACAGAGCCCCGUGGUGGUGGCAAGGGGGAUUUUGACAAACUUCUUCAGAUGUAUUACGAUGCCAUCAAAUACUGUGAGGAACGAGAUGGUGCACUACUGAUCGCUGUCUGUAGGGGUAAAGUGAGCGAGGGACUAGACUUCACUGAUGACAAUGCCAGGGCAGUCGUCACCAUUGGAAUUCCCUUCCCAAACAUCAAAGACCUUCAGGUGGAACUGAAGAUGAAGUACAAUGACCAACACUGCAAGGACAGAGGUCUUCUCCCAGGCCAUCGCUGGUAUGAGAUUCAGGCCUACAGAGCUCUAAACCAGGCCCUGGGAAGGUGUAUCCGUCACAGAAAUGACUGGGGUGCCCUGAUUAUAGUGGAUGACCGAUACAGGAAUAAUCCCAAUAAGUACAUCACAGGUCUGUCAAAAUGGGUCCGUCAGCUCGUGCAGCAUCAUGACACCUUCAGCAAUGCCAUGCAGUCUCUGGUAGCAUUCUCUCAGGUGCAGCAGAAGGUGGAGGUGGCUCCUGCAGGCAGUCAGACCCUCAGCUCUAGUGUCUCACCUCCAAACAGUCACUUGUCAGGUCUGACCAAGGCCUCAGAACCUCAGACAGCCCCCUUAUGUGUCAAACCAGCUGAAUUCCAGCAGGAUACAAGCCCCUCAGAUGAACAAAAUGAAAAAGCAGAAUGGUUCAAUCCGGUGGGCAGUCCCCCAGCAGAGCCCCUAUUACAUCAAAAAAACCCAGCUCGGCCUCUGUACCACAUUUUCACCUCCAGCCCCAUCAGCAGCAGCUUGAGGAAGCCAGUCUUUAAAGAAAAAGUGCCCAGUAAUUCCAACCAUCACUUGGAAACAUCUUGUCAUUUGGAGCACAGGGAGAAACAGCAAAAACCCUCUCCACAAGAGAAGACUGAGGCAGCUUGUCUUGAAGAAAAGCCUGGAGACACUUCCCGUGAAAUCAAAGUGAAAAUGCACAAUUUGGCUCUGAAGCCUUCUCAAGUAACAAACCCCCCUCCUGACUGUGAUGGUGAACUGCUCUCAGUUGAUGAUCCAGAUGAAGAUGAAGAGGAGGAGGACCAAACUGUCUUCUUUACUCCAGAACUUUUUGAGGAUGAAGGCAACAAAGGCAGCCCACAGAAAGAGACAAAGGCCCAGUCACUUCCUAAGAUGGUUUUAGGGGCAGUAAGCCCUGCGCUGCUGUCAGAAGAACAUUUUGGCUCUGAGCAGGCCCGAGGGCAAAGGCAAGCCUCUGCUUUUGAAGAACAGAGUGCUAUUUCAGUCAGAGAGGACGGCACAGAGCUGUCACAGGGACUGGUAGAAGAAAGCAUAGGGCAGAAGCAAGGUGAGGAGAGAGAGCAAGUGGAUAACCAGAGCAGGCAGAAAGGCAACAGGCUUCGCAGGUUGUCCAGGUCCAGGUACAAAGCUCCCUCCACUCCAACAGGUAACUAACAUCCUGGACACCAGAAAUACUGUGGAAAAAGCAGAAUGUUUUGUAAGCAGAAUGUCUGAUAUGCAGCAGAUUGAUAUUGAAACAGAUUGCAGUGCAGUGUACUAUAUAGUUCAUACCAUUGCUGCAGAAGUUUUAAGGUUUGUCUUGCAAAAUUUCCUGAACAAGCUAUGUUGUAAAGUGUCUACACAUAUUACAGCUGCUUUUGGCAAUAGGCCCACACACUCUGACCAUGCA